GGUUUCGGGUGGAGAUUCCCGAGUUUGAUGGGGGAGUGGAUGGUUCGGAAUUUAUUGAUUGGUGGGCGUCUGUUGAGGCAGCCCUUUCUUUUAAGGAGGUCCCGGAGGAGAGGAGGGUCGCUUUAGUCGCGACACGUUUUCGGGGUCGUGCGGCAGUCUGGUGGAUGAAUGUUAGUAGCCUGCGGCAUCGUCAAGGGAAGCAACCACUUGUUUCUUGGACUAAAUUUCGUGAAGUUGUAGAGCGUGAAUUUGUACCUUUCAAUUACGACAGCAUUGUUUAUCAGCAGCUGCAAAGUUUACGUCAAGGGACUCGUUCGGUGACUGAAUAUACGACUGAAUUUCAUCGACUAUUGACUCGUGUGGACCUACGUGAGACUAAGAAUCAGCUUGUUUCCAGGUACGUCGGCGGUUUACGUGCAGGGAUCCGUGAUAUGUUAAAUAUGUUUCGUCCGGAGUCCAUUUCUGAUGCUCACCAACGGGCCCUUCUCGUGGAGCUUCAACUGGGGCAGCGGGCGGGCCAAUUCGGGUCGUCAUCAUCUCGACCUGGAGCGACGUCGAACCCGGGAUCGUCGUUCACCCGCCCCGGAGCAGCGGCAGUUGGCGGGUCUGGCCAGGGGACAGCCGCGGUUGGUGGCACCCAGCGGGUCAGCGGCGUGGCGGGACAGCAGCCGUCUUCAAGUGCGACGCGAACCGUGGCGGGGCUGAGGUGUUUUGGGUGCGGUGAAAUUGGCCAUCGCCACUCCGUUUGUCCUAAAGGUACGAGUUCUCGGGCUUUAUUUACGGAGGAGACGGGUGAUGUUUUCAGUGGCGACUACGAUGGGCCACCGGUUUAUGACAUUGAGCACGCGGAGGUGGAAGAGCUGGUUCCUGGUGAUGUGGGCACGGCCUUAGUUUUGCGACGGGUUUGUUUGGCGCCGCGGGGUGCGAGUGAUUCUCCGGUCGAACGUCAUCAUCUCUUUGAGUCCACUUGCACGGUUGGGGAUAGAGUUUGUCGCUUUAUUAUUGACUCCGGGUCCUGUGAGAACGUUAUUGCUCAGGAGGCUGUCGACAAGCUGCAACUUGCCACUGUUCCUCAUCCCCAGCCAUAUACACUCGCAUGGAUUCAACGUGGGAAUGCACUUACUGUUGACCGCC